GGGAUCCUCCAGGCGUGGGCCUUCUUCUCUGAUUUAAAGUUAAUAGCAGAGAAAUAGGCUGAAGUUUUUGCCCAAGUAAAAGAAGCAAGUACCUAACGUCCAGCAGCAGGAGAGUGGACACAGGGUGACCAGACAGUGGGCCGAAUGGCAGUAGUGAGAACAGAUGAGCUAGAGCUAAAGGAACAGCAUGAUGGGUCUCACAGAAAUGGGCAAAAAAGCAAGGGACAGGAAGGCCAGGCCUUGCCCAUGCACAUGGAGAUACAGUUUUAAAACUUGCUGAGCAGCACUAUAUCACGUUGCCUACAAAGACGUGUGAGAGACCAGUCAGGCUAGUGUUCCCUCUAGGAGAGAAACGGGAAUUUGACUUGGAAGAGGGACAGUGAGGGUUUCAGCUAUUACUCUCUGUAUCAUUUUGUGUAUCUGGAAUAUUUCAGGGUAUGAACAGGAAUUUUUUAAAAUACAGUUACUUUAGGGAAUGCAUUGAGGUGGGGUCUUAGCCAGGUCCUCUACAUAAAACAUUGUUGUCUCAGUAAAACCCAGAGGGGCCACGGACUUCAGUCAUCACCGAGAUUUUUAGUUCUCUGCACGCGCAGUUCUGUGGACAGGACGUACACCAACAGCGCAAGAAAUCUUUUCAACAAGGUUAUGAUGAACUAAGGUGGAACCGAGCCUGCAGACGCAAUUUGCUUGGCCUUCAUGUGCGAGGAUGACCACAGCCACAAGACAAGAAGUGCUUGGCCUGUACCGCCGAAUCUUCAGGCUUGCGAGGCAGUGGCAGGCAGCGUCAGGGCGGGUGGAAGACACCGCGAGAGAAAAACAGUACAUCCGCCAUGAAGCCAGGACGCUGUUCCGGAAAAACAAAAAUCUCACAGACACAGACCAGAUUAAGCAGUGCAUAGAUGAAUGCACAGCUAGGAUCGAAAUCGGACUGCACUACCAGAUCCCGUAUCCAAGGCCAAUUCAUCUGCCUCCAAUGGGCCUUACCUCAUUACGAGGCCGGGGACUUCGAAGCCAGGAGAAACUGAGGAAACUUUCCAAACCAGUUUAUCUCAAGUCUCAUGAUGAGGUUUCCUAAUCCAGGGAAAGUUUAUUUCUCAGACGAUGAGCCAACUAGGUCUUCAAUGUAAACCAAACAGCAAAACCUUUCUCCUUGAUUGGGGCAAAAAUUCAAGUAUCUUCUUUAAAGGCUCCCAAAUAUUGGUACUGACCUCAUGAUGUGUGCUCACAGUGUGUCAGGGCCUUGCUGUCUACGGGGAUGACACUAAUCCUGGCGGUUGCAGACCUCACGGCCUCCCCGAGGGAGAAGACUGGAGAACGGCAAAGCUGCUCGAGGCAAGUCCUUGCCUGGCCUGUCGGCUGACACUGAGAAGCCACCCAGUGUCUGGGUUUCUCAUGGCUGCUCGCAAACAACCUACCUCCCUCGGAAUAGUGUAGGCUUUCUUUUAAGUUAUAGAUUUGCUUACAGGUGGGCUUUCCCCCCUGGCUGGUGUGGCUGGAUUGGUGUUGCCCUGUACACCCAAAGGUUGCCGAUACCAGGCAGGGCCAUGUCUGGGUUGUGGGCUCGAUCCCCAGUUUAUGCUCUCGCAUUGAUGUUUCAUUCUCUCCCACUCCUCU